AGAUGUGUGCAGUUUCUACUGUGAGUGAAUGGGAUAAUCCUGUUACAAAUAAGGAAGCUGGAGCAUAGCAGUAGAAAUGGAUGAACAAGCUCUUCUUGGAUUAAAUCCAAAUGCUGACUUAGACUUCAGGCAAAGGGCAUUGGCCUACUUUGAACAGCUGAAGAUAUCUCCAGAUGCUUGGCAGGCGUGUGCUGAAGCUUUAGCACAAAGCAUCUACAGUGAUGAUCAUAUCAAAUUUUUCUGCUUUCAAGUUCUGGAACAUCAAAUUAAACACAAGUAUUCUCAGUUGACAGAAGUACAACAUCAGCUAAUUAGAGAAACACUCAUAACUUGGCUACAAGCACAACUGCUACACUCUCAGUCAGAAAAGACGUUUAUACGGAACAAAGCAGCACAAGUCUUCGCUUUGCUGUUUGUUACUGAAUAUCUUACAAAAUGGCCCAAGUUCUUCUUCGAUAUUCUGUCUGUAGUAGGCCUAAAUCCCCGAGGUGUGGACUUGUAUCUCAGGAUUCUUAUGGCAGUUGAUGCUGAACUAGUAGAUAGGGAUGUUGUUCAUACAUUAGAGGAGGCUCGGAGAAAUACCUUAUUAAAAGAUGCUAUGAGGGAACAAUGCAUUCCAAGCUUGGUAGAAUCGUGGUACCAAAUAUUACAAACAUACCAAUAUACAAAUUCAGAGCUGACAUGUCAGUGCCUUGAAGUAGUUGGAGCGUAUGUCUCUUGGAUAGAUUUGAGCCUGAUCGCCAAUGAAAGGUUUAUAAACAUGCUGCUUGGUCACAUGUCUGUAGAAGUUCUACGGGAGGAAGCAUGUGACUGCUUGUUUGAAAUUGUAAAUAAAGGAAUGGACCCAAUUGAUAAAACGAAGCUGGUAGAGACUUUGUGUCAAGUAUUACAAUCUGCUGGGCUCUUCAGUAUUGACCAGGAAGAAGAUGUGGACUUCCUAGCCAGGUUCUCAAAACUUAUAAAUGGAAUGGGACAGGCACUGAUAUCUAGUUGGACUAAACUAGUUAAGACUGGUGAUAUUAAGAGUGCUCAGGAUACUCUCCAAGCUAUUGAAGCAAAAGUGGCCCUCAUGUUGCAACUUCUCAUCCAUGAGGAUGAUGAUAUAUCUUCUAAUAUUAUUGGUUUUUGUUAUGACUAUCUGCAUAUAUUGAAACAGCUUCCUAUGCUUUCAGAACAGCAAAAGGCUAAUGUAGAGAGAAUUAUGUUGGCUGUUAUGAAGAAGUUAACGUAUGAUGAAGAAUACAACUUUGAAAAUGAGGGUGAAGAUGAAGCAAUGUUUGUUGAAUAUCGAAAACAGCUAAAGUUGUUGUUGGACAGACUUGCACAAGUAUCGCCUGAAUUGCUUUUGGUUUCUGUAUGCAGAGUUUUUAACACUACAUUGCAGAAUUGGCAAACAAAGCCAUUUAUGGAAAUAGAAGUAGCAAUAAGACUGCUGUAUAUGUUGGCAGAGGCUCUUCCAGUAUCUCAUGGUGCUCACUUUUCGGGCGAUACAAAAGCUAGUGCUCUGCAGGAUAUGAUGCGGACUUUGGUUACAUCAGGUAUUAGCACCUAUCAGCACACUUCAGUAACUCUGGAAUUCUUUGAGACUGUGGUCAGAUAUGAGAAGUUUUUCACCACCGAGCCCCAGCACAUUCCAAAUGUUUUAAUGGCUUUCUUGGAUCAUAGAGGUCUUCGUCAUACCAGUCCGAAAGUACGAAGCAGAAUAGCAUACCUGUUCUCCAGAUUUGUCAAAUCUCUCAAUAAACAAAUGAAUCCCUUUACUGAAGAUGUGCUAAACAGAAUACAGGAUCUGUUGGAAUUUUCUCCACCUGAAAAUGGCUACCAAGCUCUUUUAAGCAGUGAUGACCAGUUGUUCAUUUAUGAGACUGCUGGAGUAUUAAUAGUGAACAGUGACUAUUCUGCAGAACGAAAGCAGGCUUUAAUGAGAAAUCUUUUGGCUCCUCUAAUGGAGAAGUUCAAAGUGCUGUUAGAAAAACUCAUGAUGGCCCAAGAUGAGGACAGGCAGAUGGCAUUAGCUGAUUGUCUGAAUCGUGCUGUUGGCUUUGCAAGCCGUACUAGCAAAGCUUUCAGCAACAAGCAGACAGUAAAACAGUGUGGCUGUUCUGAAGUGUAUCUGGACUGCUUGCAAACAUUUCUUCCUGCUCUCAGCUGCCCCUUGCAAAAAGAAGUGCUUAGGAGUGGUGUCCGGACCUUUCUUCACCGGAUGAUUAUUUGCUUAGAGGAGGAAGUUCUCCCAUUUAUCCCUUCAGCAUCUGAACAUAUGCUCAAGGACUGUGAAGCAAAAGAUCUUCAAGAAUUCAUUCCCCUCAUAAAUCAAAUCACGGCUAAGUUUAAGACUCAGGUUUCUCCAUUUCUGCAACAAAUGUUUAUGCCAUUACUGCGUGCUAUUUUUGAAGUCCUUCACUGCCCAGCUGAAGAAAAUGACCAGUCUGCUGCUUUAGAAAAACAAAUGUUACGAAGGAGUUACUUUGCCUUUCUCCAAACAGUCACUGGCAGUGGAAUGAGUGAAGUUAUAGCCAAUCAGGGUGCAGAGAAUGUGGAGCAUGUGUUGAUCACAAUCAUCCAAGGAGCAGUUGAUUAUCCCGACCCUAUUGCUCAGAAAACCUGUUUUAUUAUCCUUUCAAAACUGGUUGAACUCUGGGGAGGCAAAGAUGGUCCUGUGGGAUUUGCUGAUUUUAUCUACAAACACAUUGUUCCUGCCUGUUUCUUAGCACCUUUAAAGCAAACAUUUGAUCUAGCAGAUGCACAGACAGUAUUGGCGUUAUCUGAGUGUGCAGUGACAUUAAAAACAAUUCAUCUCAAAAGGGGCCUUGAAUGUGUUCAGUAUCUUCAACAAGAAUAUCUGCCUUCUCUGCAAGUAGCUCCUGAAAUAAUACAAGAGUUCUGUCAAGCACUUCAGCAGCCUGAUGCUAAAGUUUUUAAAAACUACUUAAAGGUAUUCUUUCAGAGAGCAAAACCCUAAGAAGUCCAGUGGAACCUUUACCAGUUUUCUUUAAUCAGGAACUCCAGACAUUAAUUUAUAUGAAUGCUAACUUCUGUGCCAUCCAGAUUGACUUAUUUUCUUUUUCUUCUGGAAGAUGUUGCUUUGUGCUUACAUCCAUAUGUGUAUUAGCCCUUUUCUGUAAAAGUGCAAAUGAAAUGAUCCGUUUUAUGUUGGUUGAUGCACGUAUGGCACGUAGACAACAUGUGUUGCCUGCCUGCUUACUCAGAACACCGUGUAGGAUAAUUGUAUGCUGUAAUGAGUACAGCAAAAAUUAAAUAUCCACUUUUUAAUUUUGAAAUUAUACAAUGUAUAAAUUCCUUCCAACUCAUAGCUAUGGUUAUAAAUUGUGUACAUUUUUAAAUACUGAAUAAAAUAUGUGCAUAUUAGAAAUGAACUUCAUUUGUUCAUGUAUGGCUAUACAAAAUAAAACAAUCAAACUCAAUGUUGUAGAUAGCAGUUUCUUUUGAAGAGUCUAAAUACUGAAGUAUAUACUACAGAACAGUUAAUGGAUCUGAUUAAAAUAGGACUGGCUCUACAUUUUUGUACACAAAAAUAAAUUUUAUUCAAUGAAA